AGAAGCCCUCCAAACCGAGCGUGGUGGCUCACUCCUGCUAUCUCAGCAAUCGGGAAGCUGAGGCGGGACGAUCGUUGCAAGUUCAAGACGAACAUCGCUACAAAGUGAGCUCAAGGCCAGCCUGAACUGCAUAGCCAGACCCUGUCUCAAAAAGACCAAAAAAACAAGCCCUCCCACUACGGAGGGUUAGGCCGAUUCAGCGGAGAGGGCGUCCUAGGAAGGCGGUGCUUGAGGCGGGCCGGCUCUGUGGACCGGGGUGCGGCCUGGAGGUGGGCGUGGCCGGGCCGCCUGUGCGUCUCCGCAGAGCAGGCGCGGAAGAGGGUCUUGGAGCGCGCGCGGCGGCGGGACCGGAGGACCCUUGGGCUCCCCGGCUUCCGUCCUAGUCGGGCGGGGCCCGCGGCGCUCGGUUCCCGGCUCCCCGCGCUGCGCGGAGUCUGCGCGAUGGGCGACCUGGCGCAGCCGGAAGCGGGCCAGCCCGGGCAAGUCGAGAGACUUUCUCCAGAUGCCUCCGAGAAUGCGACGGAUGCUACGGAAGAGCCACUGCUCAGAAAGAGCUCCCGCCGCUUCGUCAUCUUCCCCAUCCAGUACCCCGAUAUCUGGAAGAUGUACAAGCAGGCGCAGGCGUCCUUCUGGACGGCAGAGGAGGUUGACCUGUCAAAGGACCUGCCCCACUGGAACAAGCUCAAACCAGAGGAGAAGUAUUUUAUUUCCCACAUCUUAGCCUUUUUCGCAGCCAGUGAUGGAAUUGUAAAUGAAAACUUGGUGGAGCGCUUCAGCCAGGAGGUGCAGGUCCCUGAGGCCCGCUGCUUCUACGGCUUCCAGAUCCUCAUCGAGAACGUCCACUCCGAGAUGUACAGCCUGCUCAUCGACACCUAUAUCAGAGAGCCCGAGCAGAGGGAUUUUUUAUUUAAUGCAAUUGAAACAAUGCCGUUUGUUAAGAAAAAAGCGGACUGGGCCCUGCGGUGGAUAGCGGACAGGAAGUCCACUUUCGGGGAGAGAGUGGUGGCCUUCGCGGCCGUGGAGGGCGUGUUCUUCUCGGGGUCCUUUGCGGCUAUCUUCUGGCUGAAGAAGAGAGGCCUCCUGCCCGGCCUCACCUUCUCCAACGAGCUCAUCAGCAGGGACGAGGGACUUCACUGCGACUUUGCCUGCCUGAUGUUUCAGUACUUGGUGAAUAAGCCUUCUGCAGCCAGGGUCAGGGAGAUCAUCGUGGACGCGGUCAGAAUCGAGCAGGAGUUCCUCACUGAAGCCCUGCCCGUGGGCCUCAUCGGGAUGAACUGCGAGCUGAUGAAGCAGUACAUCGAGUUUGUGGCAGACCGGUUGCUUGUGGAGCUGGGCUUCUCCAAGGUUUUUGAAGCGGAAAAUCCCUUUGAUUUUAUGGAAAACAUUUCUUUAGAAGGGAAAACAAAUUUCUUUGAGAAGCGAGUUUCCGAGUAUCAGCGUUUCGCGGUGAUGGCAGAGACCACGGACAACAUCUUCACUUUGGACGCAGACUUCUGAGGCUUGGCCUUUGGAAACGCGGAGCCCUCUCACUGGCAAACGACAGUCUGCUUUUCUCUGCUUAAAAAAACUUGAAAGUAUUUCCCUCCAGGAGAUGGAUGAUUGAUUGAGAGGAAAUCUACAAUCAGGUUCCAACCAGAUGGCUUGACACAGACACACGGUCCUCCGUACAAGGGUGUGUCCUCCCGCUGUGCAGCUCACCUUUCCCCCUGGCCCUGGGACAUAGGGUGGCCCUGGUUGAGACCGUGUGGCGGAAGGUCAGCUAGGAGUGAGGUUCCAGCCGUCCACCUAGUGUGACCCGGCAAGCCCGCUCCUCGUCCUGUCACCUGCUUACUGCGGGGAGGUCGGCAGUGGCCCGCGUCCGCGUGGCGAGGGGCAUCCAGACGAGCCCUCUGCUGGUUCCCCGCCAGCUCGGUUGGUGGCCGUGGUGUUGACAGAAGGACCCCUCGUCUCACCUGAGGCCUGGGGGAAGAGCUCAAGGAGCGGAAUCUCAGCCCUCCUGCAUGGCCCCGAGCAGGAGGAGGGAAGGGCAGCUCUCCUGGGUGUAGCCUGGCAGGAACUGGCUGCCUUGGCUUCGCCCAUGGAUGUGCUUAGAGCUGUGCAGCCCUGAGGAUUUCGGUGACAGAGCUGACACACAGGGUUGUGCUGGCUCGGGGAGCUGGGCACUCGGAGAGGACAGCGGUGCUGUGGAGCCCCAGCCGCAGGGCGGGAGUGCCGCCUCCCCGGGCUCCCACAGUGCUGAUUGGCACCCAGCCCCGCUCUCCCCAGAAAGCGCCCCUGUGACACCGGGAUGCAGACGGCGGGGUGUCUGUGACUCCAGGAUUGCCCCGCCCCCUUCACCUGGGGUGUCUGUGGAUCCCCGUGUAAGCGCCCGCUCACCCUGUGGCCGCCUGGUCCACCUGGACGGGCCACUGGCCAGUGCAGAAGGAGCGGCUCACCCAAGGUGACAGCCAGUCUGGAUGCCGCCCCUGCGGUGUACUGGGGCUUCUCUUGAGUCUGUCACGUGUGUUAAAUUUAGGUUUUGCCCGUGUCCUUUGUUAACCCGCGUUACCACACAAUGAACGCGUACGGCACUCUGAGGAUGCCUCUGGCCCGUGGGCGGCGGUGUGUACAGAGGCCUUUCCCCGCUGCCGCCACCUGGAGCCCUGGCACUGCCCGCUGCAUCCCCUCCAUGUCCCCUCCGUGUCCCCUUGUCCUGGGGGUGACUGAUGGCUUCACUCAUUGCCUGCUCCCAGACGCCCCGACACGCAGGCUGCGUCCCGAGGCUCCGGGUUUUAAUGCACGGCUUUUACUCAGUGAUCUGUGCCUCCGUGUUGCACUUUUAUUUUUCUUUUGGUCCUUUGGGUUUUAGAUCUUAAAGAAUCAAGAAAUUGCAAAGUUUAAUGUCUUACAGGUAAAGAAAACGAAGCGCCAUUUGCUGCUUCCCCCUGCUCAUACCGCCCGAGUCUUCAGCGCUGGCUGUUUCGGGUGUGGGACCCGGCAGCUCUGAGCAGGCGUGUGUGUUCAGAAUGCUUCCUUGUGCCAUGCAGAGCCAUGGCCCGGUGGGCUGCCACUGCCCGCUGUCGGGGAGAUGGCGCUAGCCUCUCUCCGCGUAGGGUGAGCCAGCCGUGUCUUGUGUGUGAAAGGCUUUUCAGCGGUCUCAUCUUGGAAUAUCUAGAUUGCAGUGUUUGCAUUUGUGUGAUCACUAAAAAAUGCAGUGGUUUGCGUAUUUAAAAAGCAAUUUAACUCAGAGUUUUUCCUGUUCUGUUCCUACCAUGAAUGGUGUGAACAUCUCGAGGGCCACCCCGGCUCCCUGAGUGAUUCUGGGGCCAGCAGUGGCCUCUCCUGUAACCCUCUGCCCCUUGGCAGGGGUGAGCGGUGUUCCUGAGGCCUCCCAGAAAGAGUUAACCCUUUCAGUCUGGGGCCUCGUUCUCCUAGGUUUCUGACAGGGCCUGUAAUGGUAGCCACUCGGAAGGCUGAGGCGAGAGGCUUGCCAGUUUGGGGUAAUCUUGGGCAGUUCAGACCCUGCCUCAAAAGAUAAAAGGGGCUGGUGGCGGAGCCAGGAAUGAGGGUUAGCUUAACAUACAGGCCCUGGGUUCGAUUCUCGGUACAGGAAAAUAAAAGUAUGUAAAACUGGAAGGCUAGAAUGAUUCUUUUGUACAGUUAAGUAAAUUCACAAUAUUCUUAUAUAUUUAAUUGUUUUACAGAAUUGUUCUGAUUUUUCCACGUCUGGUUGGUAAGAUUGUUUAAUGCCUACUGUGUAUAUAGAAAGCUUUAUUAGAUGUGGUCUACCUAAAUUAUUUUGCUAGAAUGUGUGAGCCAGCUCCUCAUGUACUGAUCCUUGUUUUGCUGGGAGAGCCGUUAUGAGUUACAUGUUGGAUGUGAGAGUUGAAAUAAACGGUCCUGACAGUCACGCCA